AUGAAUCCUUACAAUUUCUUCGGCUACACUGUGCAGGCUAUUUUUCUUCCUGGAGACAACGAUAUUGGUGGAGAAAGAAAGUCAGUGGGCAAGGCUGAGCUGCAGCGCUUCAACUCUUACUUCCGCAACGAUACCUUCUUGACUUAUCGUGGAAUCGACUUUAUCAAGGUGAACUACCUGACAACCUCAUAUGCCUACCGGUCUCACCUGUCCCAGCUGGGAAGCAAUGUUCGCUUCGUCCUCUCUCAUGUGCCUUUAUCCACAAGUUAUGGUCACUAUAUCAAGGAUGUAGUGAAAGAACUGAGACCUGACGUGAUGCUGGCUGGGCAUCGUCAUGAGUCCGUGCACCUAGUGGCCGAGCAGAACACUGGCAGUGUGGAGCACCUGGAGUUGCGCCUGGGCUCCGAUCGGCGAGCCUUGAGGAUGGACCUGUCAGCAGGGCGCCUGCACGAGCUCCGCCUGCCCCCUUGCUCUUAUCGCAUGGGCACCCACUGGGUCGGUUUUGGAGCUGCCAUCCUCGAUCCUGAUCGCGUGCUGACAUACGGUGUGCUGUGGUCCCCGGACCGCCUGCUCUACCUGGCUGGCUACCUGGUUGUGCUGUUUGUCUGUGCCGUCCUCUGCCUUCCUGCUGUAUGGCAGCUGUGCGGCUCCGUAUGGCGCCAGUUGUGCCCAGGGAAGCCUUCACGGUUCUAUGGUGGAAGUUUUCUGCCAACUUUCCACUGAUGGCACGUAUGUGUGUGUGUGUGUUUGCCAGUCACACAGCCAGGGAGUGGCCACAGGCAAAAUGACUCCAAUAAUUGGCUGCACUGAGGAGCUAGUAUUCAAUGUGAUAGACUAGCAUGCUCCUCUCCCGCUGUGGUGGCUCAGUGGCUCCGGCGUUUUGCUGCUGAGCACAAAGUUUCCGCUUUGUUUCUGGCCAUCACAGUUGCAUUCCAGUUGGAGGGAAAUGCAAAGAUGCUUAUGUGCAGAGCUUUGGGUACCCGUUAGAAAGAGCCCCGGGUGGUCAAAAUUGAUGUCAAGCUUUUCAUUCAGCAUCUCUCGUAGCCACUGUGUUGCUUUGGGACAUUAAAUGCAGCGAGUCAGUUGAUCAGUAAACUUCCUAUCCAGAAGAAAACCCUGGCUGUGUGCCUGGUGUAUGCCUGUUGUUGAAGGCAUUUCCCGUUGCAAUUUCUUGUAGUACUUUUUUUAGCAAUGCUGCACUACUUGCUGCUUCCCGCUUCAUCCGCUCCUUGGCUUCUGGAAGUAUGCACAUGCUCUCUAUAUUUCUCACAGAGAGGUUUUACAAGAGGCACGUGAUGCAAGUAGGGAAGCCACAAACUAUAGCAAUGUUACGUUUAGCAUGCAGAGGAGCACUAAAGGCAAACGUCAGUUUAGGAAAAAGCUAUAAGCUGGUGCUGGGCAUAAUGUCCAAAGCAUCACUCAUAUCAGGAGCAAAGCUUUUCCGAGAAAAUGACAAAAGUGUUGAAUAGUUGAUCAUCAGAUGACUUCCUUUAGAGCACUUCUGUUAGUGUGGUGAUGCAGUCAGCACUAGUGCCUUGAUUUCUUGGACUGGUUACAAUAAUGAAUACUUCAACGUCGGUACUAGAACAAAUGCCAGGAGCAUCUCCAAGAGCCACACUGUACAGCCGUCAAAAAGAAAAGUGGUAGUUUAAUUUGGGUUGGAGGGCCUCUUUAAUGCUACAGCUUGGUUGUCUUAGCCGUAGCUGUUUUAUUCUCGCAGCCAUUGUCACACACUUCCAUUUUGUGAAUCUCCGAUUGUUCUGUAUGUCGGCAAGUAGUCUUUUUGAAGACUUAUGCGAUAUGCCUGCCAGCAAAGCUUUACUUAUAUACACCAGGGAUUCCUAAACUGGGUUCCAGGGAAACAAAAUGUUUCGCAAGCAGUAUUUUUGGCUCCCGUCUAAACGAGAAUCAAUACAGGCGGCAGCUCCCUCAUCUCAACCACCUCUUACAUAUGGUGUAGAAGGGUGGACUGUUUAUUGUCACAAGGUGUGCCAUGACCAACUGUUCUCGGUCCUAUCCAAUGUGAAAUUUAAGUACCGGGUGCGCGAGGCGUUUGAGUACAUAAUGAUGACUUCAAGAAUAACAAUUUCAGUCAAGAAUCGAAAUAUUUGUUCCAAAUGUUUUACUACAUUGUUUCUUUCACCGCUGUUUUCGAAGGCUGUUGAAUACAACCAUCUUGGGCCUCAAUUAUUUACUGAAUUCGACUUUGAAAAUGGCUGCAUGCUCGGGUCAGAUAGUGUGGGUUAAUUUUGGCCAGUUCUUCCACAAUUGCAGUUUGUAGUGAGUUUUUAACAUUGCAUGGCUGCUUGUCAGUCUCCCUCUCAGUGACGCUACCCAUACAUAGCAGCAUAGUAGAUUUAUGUUGAGAACUAGGGACACCACAUUGAGGGGGGCAUAGCCCCAGAUGUUCAGAGCCAGCCACUCUUGGGUCACGCAGGCCCUGUGGGAGUAAGCAGAUCUAUUACUAAAGAGUGGUGCCUAGUGACAUCAUGAGUAGAAAGUCUGGCUGUUGACACUGCCGCUUGAAGCUGCUCAGCAAUGGCCAUUAUUGACUUUUCAGGGUUCUCACUCAUCAUGGCCCUCACUUGUUGGAGAAACUCAACUGCCUGAGUUGUGUCUGACCACUGGCAGCACUUUUUUCUCUUUGUCUCAGAUAAUAUUUGGCCAUAAAGUGUUGUCUCAACCCCCCCCCCCCCCCCCUUCGUGUUCUUCAUGUACGGCAACUAGGACAGCCUACAGAUUCAUUUCUUGCGUCAGACUGAAAGGUGAUACCCUGGAAUAAGUGUGCUAGAUUGGUGACAGAGGGGUUGGUGAGAAUGAAGUUACCGCCUAGACAGAUGGAAUGAAAUGUUUAUGUUUGUGGCAAUUUGAAGCUGUGUCUCAAGUACCUCGCACACCCAGUACUGGAACUAACUAGAUAUAGCAGUAGACUUGAGGCUGGUCCGAAUUGCCACUCAACUGCUCAGUGACUGCUUGGUUAAUGAACCAGGUGCACCCUUUGACGUAAUACGAGGGCUGUUUUCAUUUUUAUUUCAGUGCUGUUAGGGUAGACAUUCACAGAGGGUCCAUUCAUGUAUGCUAUGAGUAGCAAAGGACAUGAGUUCCUCGGUACUUUUCAAAAAGUGGUGGGGUAACCCUAGGCCAACUGUUUGGGAAUCCCUGAUAUCCACUGUCUUGCAGUGCAGCCAAAGCUAUGCACUGUGUAAUGCAAUAAUUGAAGCAAAUAGUCCUGCACAGGCAUGGCAAGCCAUACCCACCACAAGCACAGAUUGAAGAACCAUUUGCAGAAGUAUCGCACCUCAUAGGAAGUACAGGGGCAUCUCGCAAAAUUUAAUGGCAGUUUCCUACCUACUCGGCAUGUGCAAUUCACUCACGGAUGCUGGCACCAAGCCAGAGCCCCUCUCAUAGUCGCUUUACUGUCAUCAGACUGGCUGUUGGGUGUCAUUGCUUGGCUCCAGCCAAUGAUACUACAGUGAAAUCCUUAUAAUUUGAAGUCUCUUAAUUCGAAUUGGUGGAUAAUUCGAACUGCUCUGUUCGUCCCGUCAAAGUCCUAUGUAAUCGAGUAGAGAAGAACUCGCUCGAAUUCGAACUCAAAAAGCCAUGCAGCAGUUAUUUUUUGAACAAAAUUUCUCACUUCCAUGGAGCGCUUUUCGAACAAACCCGAGCCAAAGGCAAAAGUUUGAUGCAUCGCUAUCUGCUGUAAUCUUGCACAGCGUAAAAAUUACGAGGAAAGUUGCACGAGAAGCCGAGACCGAACCCGGAGCAAGCAGAGCAGCGCGCGCCUUCCUUUCCCUUCCAGCUUAAAAGAAGCAGGAAGGAGAUCUUAGCGUGUGCUUAACUACGUCAUCACCAACAUUGGGCAUGCAGGAGAACAGCGCGCAUCAAGCCACUAUACUUGGCUCACCCUUGCACGUUUUUCCCUCACACCCACAGCUAACUGCAAAUGAGGCGCAAUCUUGUCCCACUUGGACUUUAUACGGAACCCUAUCUUCCGGCACAUGUCGUCGCGUGCUUAUGGAAGAAAAACAAGACUUUCAAUGCGAGCCCAGUGACGGUUAUGAUUUUGUGCGCAGUACCGCAUAAUUGAUCGGGCGCUAUAUUUAAUUGGGCUCUCCUAAGUUCGAACUCCGUUUUAUUCUAAUAAAUUUUCGGUCCCCUUGGAGAUUGAAUUAACGAGCUUCUACUGUACUACAGACUUCAGUGACCUUACAGGUGACACAGCACAUCCUAUAGCUCUGGCUGCACUGCACAACUGUGGCGAGACUGAGUGUGGUUAUACGUGCCUGGCACACAUAAGUGGCCUAGGCUGCUAAGCUGCUGCGGAGGUUUACUGGCACUGGUUUUUGCAUAAUACAGCUGAAAGUGUGCACAUGGCUCACCUGACAGCAUGUGACAGCACCUGACAGCAUGUGAUAGCACCUGACAACAGGAUGCCAUCAGUUCCAAGUUACUUCACAAAGUUUUAUUUGUUUAUUCCUGCAAAAGUACUUGUGCACAUUUUGAAUGGCCACCUACAGGCACACUGCUUAUCAUCACACUUUUUUACGUAAGCAGUUUUGUUUGUUACCAAGGUGGCACUUGCUUAGAAAAUGCACCGAACUAUUGGGUCACUUUUUGAGUUGAUUGCUUGUUCUGUGCAGUCAAGUGGGGCUGUCUGUUCUGUGCUCUGGCGCUCAUUCUGAAGAUAUGCAGGUGUCACACAGGGAUAGUUCACAACAGUCUCUGCUCUGAAGGUGUUGCAGCACAAUUGUUUCUGGCUACAUGCAGGUAAUACUGGAUGUUUUCACUGAACCAUGCUGAAUUUGCAAAAACAAAGUGCAGCCAAAUGGGACUCAGUGUAAAGUAGAAAAAGCCCUGGUUGUGCACUGUGCAACACAUACAGCCUGAAGCAAUUUGGAGAUGGUAACUUUAAGGCUAACUGCACCAAAAUACGGGUCUGCCGCAGAGCUGGUUUUUGUAAAGAAAGUAAGAAAAAGGCAUCUCUUCAGCUGGCCAUUUAUCUCUGCCACUGUGUUUGUCACCGUCACAGUAAGGAAAGUCACCGCUGGUGCAGGAAGCGGCUUGGACGUCUGGUUUAGUUGACGUUUAUCCAAUCGCCCUGAGGUCACUUUAGACUGCAUUUGCACAGCAUGUAUGUUUUACACAUAUGUUACAAAGCUGAGUGUGAGGAGCUUUAGAUUGCAUUUGGUUGAGUGUUUAAUGCAAUGUUUCCUCCUUUUUAUACUUUUGUUAAGCAUUUUGUUAACCAUGUAAAGGGAAUUAUUUUCAUAUUAUGUAUUUCCAGCCUCUGCUGGAAGGAAACUAGUCAUGAUGGCCUUCUUGUUAUGUGGACGCUGCAUUUUCUGAAUUACCUGACAUGCACUACACUUGUGCUGAAUUUUGGCGUACAGUUCUGAAGAGAAGAAUAACAGCACUGCUCAAAGAGAGCACAGUGUGUACAGAAUACUUUGCACUGACAGUUUGGGCUGCUGCGAGUGCAUCUGCACAUGUUGCAGAGCAGGUAAUCUGUAAUGCAGAUUAUAUAUAGUACAUUGAGAUCAAGCACUAAAGAUCUGAUUUUAGUUUGCUUUAUGUCGCACGAGCAAAAAGUGUUUUACUUAAAAGUUUAGAUGUAGUUAUGUCAUCUUAUUCUGUUCAGCUGCAGGCCUUUUAGUCUGAAACAUUUUGAUGUCCAUUGUAGCACUUGACACAUGUCAAAGUUUGUGUUCUUUAUCAAGUAUCCAGCAGGGCUAUUCUAAGACUUUAAUGUCUUACUAGAGCUGUAUUUGUUUUGUCUGGGGCCAUUUUCCAAUUUCAUUUCCUGCAGAGACUGUCCUCCAGCUGCAUGCACUAAUUGGUUGGGUCUGAAAAAGCAGUUACUGAUCCACUUGUGGCAAAAAGUGCAUUUCCACCGACUAUGCUCUUUUACCUUAAAUAUAAAGGCACACCUGCUGUAAGUGGAAUAGCUUAUCACAUUAUUUUACAUUAAAAACACAAAAUUUACUUUUAUUGGGUGGAAGCCCUUUAACGGUGUCAACUUCUUUAAUUUCUGUUAUUUUUUUUAUAAUUCCUUUCUUUUUCCACAGCUAUGGCUCCUACACUACCUACAGCAUGGCUUCAUGUUGUGGUGCCACAUUUACUUGCUAAAGCAAGGCAUCCAAGAUUAUUGUUUGUGACUGAUUGCCGAAGUUGCAGAAUGUGCAGUAGAAUAGACACAGUGGAACACGGUGCUGCAUCGUGCUCAUUAACAGCCUUCUUCAAUUCAGUUCACUGCUGUAGAACAUGCUGUGUCAGCCACUUAGUGCAUGCACCUGAAAGACAAGUCUUCGAAGGUAUUAGACUCACAGUGCAGGUUUCAUCAUAGUAUUCAUUGUGGAUCUUUCGGCACACUCCAACAGCUGUAUUUUCGCUGGGACUCUCUAUAUCAUCAACCUGUUCAAGUCCACUGCAGGAUUUCCAGUUGAUCAUUCUGUGUCAGCUGACACCUUAUCAGAACUCUGCCGCCCUCAACUGCAUCUCCCUUCUCUCAGCAUACAUUCUUCUACUCCAGUAGAGUUCCGAUUCUUUGCUCUGCACAUUACGUGACCUGCGCAGCUCCACUUCUUUCUCUUGAAUUGCACUAGAAUAUUAGCUGGCUGCACUUGUUCUUAAUCCACACUACCAUCUUUCUCUCUCUCUCUCUCUCUAUGUUAUAGAUACAGUAGAACCCCGCUGAUACGUUUUUUACGGGACCGUAGAAAAAAAAUGGUAGAGCUGGAAAACGCAAGAGCCGAGAAACAGGAAAAAUUGAGAAAUGAAAGUAGUGGUGAAUUGCACGCGAUUUAAUUUUAAUUCUUACGUUAAAAAAAAAAAGUCGCAGUUUCGCCCAAAAGCCAAAGCAUCGAUUGCGAUAGCAAAUUAGUAGACAGCUAUACAAAGUAAGGAUAGUAGUUUUAUCGUCCGUAUAAACUGGUAAACAUUCGCUUAUUAGCUAUAUUAACAGGCAUGGUGUCAGCGCACACAGGCAAACAUGAACACAUCACACUCGAUGAGCACGGACACUCGUUAUCAAAAUGCUGGCAUGAGGAAGCGCCGCAGCAGAAGCGAGCAAUGCGAGCUUCGUGCUGUCUAUUGCUUCAACGCAAAUUGAGCGCCGAGAACACACAUCACGCACAAAGCUACAAGCCACCGACGCACCUACACUGCCUAGACUCCGCCCCCAACGCAGAUCGCUUUCAAGAUACGACCAGCGUGACCGCGCAGUAGCAGUUGAUGACAGAGUACAACGCCGCGCAGGCGCGCACUUUUCCCACGUCGCAGAUCGCUUUCAAGAUACGGCCCGGGCCAUACGGCGCCGCGCGCCGGAGAACCCCCGACGUUAUCGCCCUGGGACUUUAUACGGAACAGCUAUGCGCCAAAACCAAUUUUAGGGCCCCAACGCGUCAUAGACACCAUCUUUAGAUAGCAAAUACGGAUCACAAAGGCCCUGCUUUUGCUGGCGGAAACUGAAAAUACGUCAUAGGGGUGUCGCCCCCGGCACUUUGGGCGGCCAAUCCCAUCGUCAAGCCACCAAGCCAAGCGACAUGAAAAGUCAACAUGGCUGCUGUGGCCGGCGGGGAGUAGCAGUUCGCAACAGGGGGUUACCAGUGCAUUGAGUCCUAUGGAAGCUAUGCCGGAACGGCCGAAAAUGACAUAACAGCUGGGAAAACGCAGUACCCGGGAACAUAACAGCGUGAUUCUACUGUAUCAUUUAUUAUUUUGCUUGUCGCAUGCUUGAUUGUUUUCAUUCAUUCAUGGGUUCAUUCAUUCGUCACACUUUGGUUUGGUUCAGGCUUGUGACGUAAAAGAAUGUGGCAUGAGAUAUUCAGUCUGGGUUCGAACCAGAUUCUAACCACUGCACCACAACUGCUCUGCACGAGCUAACAGAUAACACCUGCAUUGGAGGCUGACACAUGCAGAUGGCUUUCCAUCAAGCUCAUCCCAUGCACUGUGCCAUGGUUGCCCAGUCACAUGCAAUAUUGAUAAAGAUGUGUUGCAUGUGUCAUUCACACACAUACACAGUGAUGCAUGCACGACACAUGAUCGUUGCAAGGUUUGCAGGUUUGUGAAGCAAAUACACAAAAAGAAAUGUGCCAGGUCUAAAGGCGAGCUCGGUAAAGGCCACCUUAGAGAGGGCUCACUGACUGAAUGUACUGUCGAACCUGGAUAUAUCGUACCCACAUAUAAUGAAUUAUUGUGUAUAUCGAACAGCUGUAAAAUCCCCUUGAAAAUCGCAUGUAAAUGUAUAGGGAUGGUGCACGAAUAUAUAGAACGCCCUUUUCCAGCACAUUCAAUAUAUCAUACGCGGCGCCAUGCCGAAGACCUCAAAGUGCACUUUUUUGUGCACUUUGAGGUCUUCUGGCACCUGGAGGUGGAGAAGAGAAUGUGCAGUCAGUUGAGCCAUGUGGGUCGUGUGUGCAGUCAGUUGAGCCCCAUCAUGCCGUUUGGCUAGCCCGCGUGCUACCUCGAAUGUCAACAUUCCUUCCUUCCAAUUUUCGUGGCCUCGUCGUGUCGGUUGAGUGCCUAUUCUUGAGUUCAUUUUCUGCAAGUGAUGGCCGCUGCAAGUGUAAAGAAUAAAUUUGGACUUUGCAAUGGAGUUGAAAGUGAUCCAGCAAUUUUUUGCAGAUAAAUAAAGUGUGAUUGCCUUCUUUCUUUUUCUUUUUCUUUUUUCUUAGUUGCGUGCAGUUACUCAGCAGCCCGCGGACCCACCAAUUGGUAAACCGCCGUUUACCGAAUUGACUAUAUAUCGAACUUUUUUGUUAUCCCCUUCAGAUUCGAUAUAUCCAGGUUCGACUGUAUGCUUAUUGAUGGACAGCAUGUCUGUUCGCUGAUGCAUGCUUCUUGAGAUUAUGGAGGGGAAGGGUCAGCGUAAUGUGGUCCAGGAGUUUCCAGUUUUUUGUGGCACUGUAGUUCUGUUAAUGUUCUCUAGGAGUACCAGGAGGUUCUUCUCAAUAUCACUUGGUAUUUUUCAAGUGUGAGCCCUUUUUUUAGCCUGCCAGGUCUUUUCUUUUUUUUCAACAGCUCCUCAGCCCCUGCCAGGUGUUUUUCGCAUGGUUUGCGGACAUUUUAUUUUACAUGCAAGCUGGUUCUUUAUCAUCACUUUUUUCCAAUUCAGAAUUCAUGCACUGUUCUCAAAUUCCUUUCAUGGUAUGAAAAUGCAGGGAUGCCAAACACAGACAUAAGAGGGCAACACAAACCACUAUGCGACCUUUCAAAUUGAUAGUCGCUGUUUAUGUUGUACUUCUCGUUCUGCUUAUGUCCAUGUUUUGCAUGCCUGCAUUUCCGCAACGAGAAUCCUUACCAACCUGCUCCAGCUUUGUCAUUCGUAAAGUUUUUGUCUAAAAUUGAGGAUGCACCUGCCACACUGGUUCACCAUGGCUGCUCUGCUGCGACAGUGCAUCAAGACAUGUGCUGUACCUGCUGUCAGAAAGUUAACUUACAAGUUUGAGUGUUUAUAUCACCUCUCCAUAAAUGGCAGAAUGAGUUCACAAUGAUCUUUUUUUGCACAAGUUGGUACAGGACAGGCAAGGCGUGCAUGGAAAACACAAAAUGAGUAUACUUGGGAGAAAGAUGGGUGAUAACUCGUGUGUCCACGAGUUAUCUCAGAAGUGGCGGUGUAACCCACUGGAUGCAGUGUUAAUUUUGUGUCUUCUUCCUGCAGGCCUGCCAGUUUUUCACAAUUUCAUUGUUGUGGUCACAUUGGCCCACUUAUUUCCUGCACUCAGUGGUCACAUAAAACAGUGAGUUGUGCCGAUGCAUUGCACACAAUUUGCAGCACACAUUGUCUUAUGAAUAGGGAAAAUGCCAAACAAUGUGCAUUCUGGACAUGUUGUUGAAGUUAUGUAUCUUCUGUUGCUCGAUUAGCUGGAUGCAGUUUUGUUAAUUAAUAUUCCACAUAACAAUAAGGUCAUCUGUAAGUGUAUUGCAAACUGGAGGAUGUUGUGUGUGGUUAUUGUUCUCAUGUAUGUCCUUGUGUAGGUUUCAGUGCAUCCAACUGUAGUUGAAUCUCAUGUAUGCACAAAAAAAAAAUGUAACGGAAGAACCAGUUACAAUCAGCUCAGCUGUAGAACUUGCACAUUGAGAGCCGAGGACCCAAGUUUUUAACUGUGGAGUUUUUUAACUAACUUAUUGGUCUAACUUGGUCAUUCCAUUUCCAUUUGUAACAAGUAAAAAAAAAACCUGUAAACAAUCACCGUAGACUGAAUUCACCAGAUAUAACAGCUCAGCUGAGUAGUUAUUUUUACCUUGGGAGAUUAUGGAACCUCAACACCCUCAACAGGUCAUUUGAGGGGCGCAGGUUCUGUCCAUGUACAUUGAAAAAAAAAAAGAGAAGUGUUACCACAUUUUACUACUACUUUUCAGUGGAGCGUCAUGCGCCUUCCUGUGACCUCAGCCCAAAUGGCCAGGUUAUCUUGAGAUUGUAGUGGUCUUCUAUUUUAGGUAUUGUAUGCACACAUGGACUACCACAUUUUCAGACAGUGAUUUUGGAUGUUAUUUUGUACUUGUUACCACAGCUGUACAUAGUAGGUGCAUGGCUCAGAGAUUUAGAAUUUUAAUGCAGUGUGCACAUUGCUGUAGAAGGUACAUGGUAACAUUUUAUCCACCAAACUGCAAUGGCACAUGCAAUUUCUUUGUCCUUGUAGACAAAUAUUGACCUACAUCUUUGGUGUAAAGUUUGUUAGUUUGGUCGCACAACACAAACUGCCUUUGUCGUGCAGGCUUUGCUUUGCACUUUCUCGCUCACAAAAAGCACAAGUUCUGUUUAGACUUGAUGUGAUCACGACUAGAUGUUGCAAGGUUGUUUUAGAAUUUGUGCAGCAUGCUGCGGGUAGUGUUCUUGCGUAAAAAUAUGCAUUACUGGUUAACUCUAUGGUAGAAUCUCAUUUACUGCAUCACCUUGCUUUUGUUUUGCACUGAUGACACUACAGGAUAGGUGGGACAUAGUGCACUGCCAGUGAAGCCCAGCAUAUUCUGUUCAUUUGCCGGAAACUUGCUGGCAUUGGUGAGAAAGGUGCUUAAUUUUGUGCUCUUGAACACACUGUUGCUCAGUACAAUUCAAACUCCGAACUUAAUUCAGCAGGCUCUGGCAGAAAGAGAGGUAUGCCCGAAACACCAUGGCAGUGUGCUGGUGGGUUAGUACUAUAGCUGUAGUAUACUAUAGCUGAUGCACGAUUCUAGCGUUCUUUCAUAGUUACAGGCUCAAGUUGCGGCUGUGUUGCUGAAGAGAGAGAAUGGUCGAUAUUAAUUCUCUUUGCCUCGUAGAAAAUAAGGAAUAUGUGAACAUCGUAAUAGAUUUUGAUUGUAAACGGGCACCAUACUCACGGGUGAGUACAUACAAACCCUGCUUGUUUAUCUUAUUAUGGGCAUGUCUGAACCUGCUUGGUUCUGUCCAUGUUGUUUAACUGGUUGUGAUAGUUUGCUCAUGCGAAAUGGCAAAAGCCAGAAAUUUGUCUUGGAGGACAUAAUUAAUGUGUAAAACAACUUGGACUUUGACAAGCUUCGCUGUUGUGAUAACAUUUGGAAAUUAUUUACUUUCGAAGUUGCUUGAAUGUCAGCAAAGUGCAUUUUUGUGCAGUGACAGCAUCCUUUAAUUGCACACUCUGUAAUAUUGAACAGUACCUUUAUUUGUACUUCACUGUCUACUUGCAGGGUUAAUUCCAAAAGGCUCAAGCGCAAAUGUUGCUUACUUUUUAGUAACCUUGCUACAUAUGCCCUCCACACUUAUCUCACCUAGUUGAUUCGUUUAUUCAAUCUGAUCUCAUGAGAUGGGUUGCAUAGUCACACUAUACUUUAUGUAGAGUGUUGAAGCAAUUUUUGCUGCAAUGAUUGUAAGCUGUAGUGUAAAGCUUUUAGCAUGUUUGUUGCAAGCUGAAUGAGAGACAACAAUGCCCAUUCAGCAGUGUUGCCAUGUAGUGUGCACUAUUAGCUUGGCUAGCAAGUGUUCCUUGUACAUAGAAUGACUACAAUAACAUGUAUGAAACAUUGACACAGAAAUUUCAGCUCUUUGAAAUUACGAGUGAGAUCGUUGCGAGAGGCUGAUCGCUGUGCAUAUUGGUGAUGGAAAUAAAAUAUGGAGCCUGCAGAAAUGUCAUUUCUUUACUGAAUCCUUCUGCUCUGCGUUACAGCGGAUGCUGACAAGUUAAUAAGAACAGUACAGCAAAGACAAGUUUGGCAAUUCUUUAUGGUGAAGCAUCAUUCGCAGCAGCAAAAGUCAUGAAAUGUGUGGUAGUCACCAAUGACCUCAUUAACUUACUAGAAUUCUCUAAUUAUCUCUCAAUUUUAGUUCACAUGCUCCAAGUGCAGGAUAGCCAGUCAUUUCUCAGUGCAAGGAAUAGAAGGAAUCUAGGACUGGCACCACUUUUGAGAUAUCUGGCUUCUGAACAUACAGCAAUGAAAAACAUUUUUCGGAGCACGCUUGUGAAUAUAACGAGGCACUUUCUUCAGUUGGUAAUUCUGACAGAACUCUUGCAUUUGUAAUGAUACAGUGGAACGCCAAUUUAUAUCCGAGUAUAUUGCUGGACAUAUUUUGGGAUUGCAUGGGUCCAAAGUUGGGGUAGUAGGGGAUUCUUAAGAUUCCCAACUUGUGGCCAUGCCUUCAAUGCUAAUAGGCUUCCAUUUUGCAAUUACAGCAAGUACUAUGAGGUUGCUCAUUUGCUUUAUGAAAUUUUGUCAAGUUUAUUGGUGAUUAUCACGCGGUUUCUGAUGUCCGCUGCAACACGUAUAUCAACGAAACACCACCUCUUUGUAUCUUUACUGCAUUGACUUAAUUUUUGUUGCUUCUGUUGAAACAUCUGGUAUUCCCACUUACAGCCAUCUUCGAAAAUAAAGGCCAAGGGCCCUUUACCCAUAGGGAAUUAGAGCACUCAUUGCAAAGUUUUCCAGUUUCGACUUUUGGACCUGUCUUGUGAUUCUUGUAGCAAAGUUUCAGUUUGCCAUAAAAAUAAACUGGUUCAAUAUUU